GGCACUCUGGUCCAAUCAGGGAGGUCCGGCCUUUUCGAGCCCCUCUCCCAUCUCCGCGGCAGAGGGGAGGAGUUUCAACCUUUUAACUCCACCUCGGUCUAUGCGGCGCGGACCAACCCAAACCGGCAGAAAGGGUGGGCGUGGCUUGGGGUCCCCUCCCCCAUCCUGGGGAACACCGUUUGCCUAGGGGAGCUGCCCGCAAGGCCAGGCAACCUCCAGCUGGUCUCUGGUUCGGGCGGGUCCUCUCAGAGGUGGCACAAUGGAGCGCCCUCCUGGAGAGGACUCCAGCCCCAGCCCCUUGGACCAGCCCUCUGCCCCCUCUGACCCCCCUGAGCACCCCCCUGCAGCUCACACGAAACCUGACCCGGGUUCCGGGGGCCAACCUGCCGGCCCGGGAGCGGCGGGCGAGGCCCUAGCGGUGCUGACUUCUUUUGGGCGGCGGUUGUUGGUGCUGGUACCGGUGUACCUGGCCGGGGCAGUGGGACUCAGCCUGGGUUUCGUACUCGUCGGCCUUGCCCUCUACCUGGGCUGGCGCCGGGUCCGCGAGGAGAAGGAGCGGAGCCUUCGAGUAGCGAGGCAGCUACUGGACGACGAGGAGCGGCUCACGGCGAAAACUCUCUAUAUGAGCCAUCGAGAGCUACCUGCCUGGGUCAGCUUCCCAGAUGUGGAAAAGGCUGAAUGGCUAAAUAAGAUUGUGGCCCAGGUCUGGCCCUUCCUGGGCCAGUAUAUGGAGAAGCUUCUGGCAGAAACUGUGGCCCCGGCUGUUCGGGGAUCCAACACCCAUCUGCAGACAUUUACAUUUACAAGAGUGGAACUGGGUGAAAAGCCAUUGCGCAUCAUAGGAGUCAAGGUUCACCCUGGUCAGAGAAAAGAGCAGAUCUUGCUGGACUUGAACAUCAGCUAUGUAGGUGAUGUGCAGAUUGAUGUGGAAGUGAAGAAAUAUUUUUGCAAAGCAGGAGUCAAGGGCAUGCAGCUACACGGCGUCUUACGGGUGAUUCUUGAGCCACUUAUUGGGGACCUUCCUAUCGUGGGGGCUGUGUCGAUGUUCUUUAUCCGACGCCCGACCCUGGACAUCAACUGGACAGGGAUGACUAACCUGCUGGAUAUCCCAGGACUUAGCUCACUCUCUGACACCAUGAUCAUGGACUCCAUCGCUGCCUUCCUAGUGUUGCCCAACCGAUUAUUGGUGCCCCUUGUGCCUAACCUUCAAGAUGUGGCUCAGUUGCGGUCUCCUCUGCCCAGGGGCAUUAUUCGGAUUCACCUGCUGGCUGCUCAAGGGCUGAGUUCCAAGGACAAAUAUGUGAAGGGCCUGAUUGAGGGCAAAUCAGACCCCUAUGCACUUGUGCGCCUGGGCACCCAGACAUUCUGCAGUCGUGUCAUCGAUGAGGAACUCAACCCCCAGUGGAGGGAAACUUAUGAGGUGAUGGUACACGAGGUCCCAGGGCAGGAGAUUGAAGUGGAGGUGUUUGACAAGGAUCCAGACAAAGAUGACUUUCUGGGCAGAAUGAAGCUGGAUGUGGGGAAGGUCUUACAGGCUGGAGUACUGGAUGAUUGGUUCCCUCUCCAAGGUGGGCAAGGCCAAGUUCACUUGAGGCUAGAAUGGCUAUCGCUUUUGUCAGAUGCAGAAAAACUGGAGCAGGUUCUACAGUGGAACCAGGGAGUCUCCUCUCGACCGGAGCCACCAUCAGCUGCCAUCUUAGUUGUCUACCUGGAUCGGGCCCAAGAUCUUCCUCUGAAGAAGGGGAACAAGGAACCCAACCCCAUAGUACAACUGUCAAUUCAGGAUGUGACUCAGGAGAGCAAGGCUGUCUACAGCACCAACUGCCCAGUGUGGGAGGAAGCUUUCCGGUUCUUCCUGCAAGACCCUCGAAGCCAGGAGCUUGAUGUACAAGUGAAGGAUGACUCCAGGGCCCUGACUUUAGGAGCCCUGACCCUGCCUCUGUCUCGCCUGCUGACUGCCCCUGAACUCACCCUGGACCAGUGGUUCCAGCUCAGCUGCUCUGGCCCAAACUCCAGGCUCUACAUGAAACUGGUCAUGAGGAUCUUGUACUUGGAUUCAUCAGAAAUAUGCUUCCCCACUGUGCCUGGUACUCCUGGUGCUGGGGACCUGGACAGUGAGAGCCCCCAGAUGGGCAGCAGUGUGGAUGCCCCACCCCGACCCUGUCACACUACCCCUGACAGCCACUUUGGGACUGAGAAUGUGCUUCGGAUCCAUGUAUUAGAGGCCCAGGACCUGAUUGCCAAAGACCGUUUCUUAGGGGGAUUGGUGAAGGGCAAGUCAGACCCCUAUGUCAAACUAAAGUUGGCAGGACGAAGCUUCCGGAGCCGUGUUGUUCGGGAAGAUCUCAAUCCCCGCUGGAAUGAGGUUUUUGAGGUAAUUGUCACAUCAAUUCCGGGCCAAGAGCUAGAGGUUGAAGUCUUUGACAAGGACUUGGACAAGGAUGACUUUCUGGGCAGGUGUAAAGUGAGUCUCACCAUAGUCUUAAACAGUGGCUUCCUUGAUGAGUGGCUGACCCUUGAAGAUGUCCCAUCUGGCUGCCUGCACUUGCGCCUGGAGCGUCUGACCCCCCGUCCCACUGCUGCUGAAUUAGAGGAGGUGCUGCAGGUGAACAGUUUGAUCCAGACUCAGAAGAGUGCAGAACUGGCAGCAGCCCUGCUGUCUGUCUAUCUGGAGCGGGCAGAGGACCUGCCGCUCCGAAAAGGCACCAAGCCUCCCAGCCCUUACGCUACUCUCACCGUGGGAGAUACUUCUCAUAAAACUAAGACUAUUUCCCAAACUUCAGCCCCUGUCUGGGAUGAGAGUGCUUCCUUUCUCAUCAGAAAACCACAUGCUGAGAGCCUGGAGUUGCAGGUUCGGGGUGAGGGGACUGGUGGACUGGGCUCGUUAGCCCUGCCCCUCUCGGAGCUCCUUGUGGCUGACCAGCUCUAUUUGGACCGCUGGUUUAUGCUCAACAAUGGUCAAGGGCAGGUGCUGCUGAGAGCACAGCUAGGGAUCCUGGUGUCCCAGCACUCAGGAGUGGAAGCUCACAGCCACAGCCAUAGCCACAGCUCCUCGUCUCUGAGUGAAGAACCAGAGGUCUGGGGGGCGCUGUCUGCCGUUACCUCCUCAGCCCCAGAGCUCCGGCAGCGCCUAACACAUGUUGACAGUCCUCUUGAGGUUCCAGCUGGGCCUCUGGGCCAGGUGAAACUGACUGUAUGGUACUACAGUGAAGAACGAAAGCUGGUCAGCAUCGUUCACAGUUGCCGGGCCCUUCGACAAAGUGGACGGGAUCCCCCGGACCCCUAUGUGUCACUGUUGCUACUGCCAGACAAGAAUAGAGGCACCAAGAGGAAGACCUCACAGAAGAAGAGGACCCUAAGUCCUGAAUUCAAUGAACGGUUUGAGUGGGAUCUGCCCCUGGAUGAGGCCCUCAGGCGAAAGCUGGAUGUCUCUGUCAAGUCUAAUUCCUCCUUCAUGUCAAGAGAGCGUGAGCUGCUGGGCAAGGUGCACUUGGACCUUGCUGAGAUAGACCUUUCCCAGGGUGCCGCCCAGUGGUAUGACCUAAUGGAUGACAAGGACAAGGGCAGCUCCUAGGAGCCAGUGAUUCCCAGCCUGACUCUGCUGUGUCAUCUUGCCUUGCCUCUCACUGUGUCACCGCCUCAGGGUGAUGAGCCUAAAGCUAGGGUCUGGGGCAGAGCCUGCACCCUUCAGCCCUUUCACCUUCUAGGCCCAUACUAGGGCCUUUGCCUGACCAAAGAGAAGGACCACAUGUCCCCUUUACUGCACGGCCUUUAUCCUUCCGGGCUCCUGGGGCAGAGACCUGAGCUGGCUGCUUCCUGCUCUGCCUGCACAUUGUUCUCCCUUCCUCCCAACUCCUCAGGGCCUUCGGUACCUGUGCCUGGCCCCUGGCAGCACGAGCAGUGGCAAUAGACUAUGCCAAAUACAGCUUUUGGAAGGAUCUGUAUUCUUUAACUGCAUGGUCACCUUCUUCCCUGCCAUGAGCAGUUAGGGAGGAUAACCAUGUGCGUAGGACGGUGCGUAGGCUAACCCCCCAAGCUGUGAGCCUGUUGGACUACUACAUGUAGCACGUGUACAGCAGCCCGGGCCCCCAUGUCCAGUUCUGUCCCCACUUGCCUCAAGCCUGUCCUGAAAAUUAUAUCUGCUAUGAUGGCUGGGGCCAGCCUCUUGAUUCACUCUGGGAACUGGGGACACUUGAAUUCUACCCAAGCCUCCAAGUAAUGGGAUAUCAGUCUUGGAGCCCCUAGCUGGUGAUGUGCAGAGGGCCUUGGAGGACCCAGGACAGCAGGGCUAAUUUUUUGACCAAGUGCCUAGGCUGUUAACUCACUGACUAGAACUGAAUCUGGUACUCUUAGUGUUGCACCAACUCGGCCAAUCCACUGUAUCUUAUAUUAAACAUUAUACUCAAACCAA